UGUGAGGCUGAACUUCAGGAGCUGAUGGAACAGAUCGACAUCAUGGUAAGCAACAAGAAAUUGGACUGGGAAAGGAAGAUGCGGGCUUUGGAGACUCGGCUAGAUCUUCGGGACCAAGAAUUGGCCAAUGCACAAACUUGCCUGGAUCAGAAAGGUCAAGAGGUGGGUUUACUUCGACAGAAGUUGGACAGUCUAGAAAAAUGUAAUAUAGCAAUGACUCAGAAUUAUGAAGGACAACUACAAACCCUAAAAGCUCAAUUUUCUAAACUAACCAAUAACUUUGAAAAGCUGAGGUUACACCAGAUGAAGCAAAACAAAGUCCACCAAAAAGAAGAAAUGCCCUUUGAGCUGAGCAAUCUGAACCAGAAAUUAGAGGAAUUUAGAGCAAAGUCAAGAGAAUGGGACAAGCAAGAAAUAUUAUAUCAAACUCAUCUAGUUUCUUUAGAUGCUCAACAAAAAUUAUUAUCUGAAAAAUGUAAUCAAUUUCAGAAACAGGCACAAAAUUACCAAAAUCAACUAAAUGGUAAAAAACAGUAUUUUGAAGACAGCAGCUCUGAAAUUCCUCAUUUGGUUUGUGAAUCAGAUCCCAAUUGUGAAACCAGUGAAAGAGAUGAAUUCAUUAUUGAAAAGUUAAAAUUAGCUGUGAGUGAAAUAGCAUUAAGCCGGAAUAAGUUACAAGAUGAAAAUCAGAAGCUCCUACAAGAACUGAAAAUGUACCAAAGACAGUGCCAGGCCAUGGAAGCAGGACUCUCAGAGGUGAAAAACGAGCUGCAGUCACGGGAUGACCUCCUGAGGAUUAUAGAGCUGGAGCGUCUGCAGCUGCACAGAGAGCUGCUGAAGAUGGGGGAGAACCAGAAUGCUCAUGACCACAAAAGAAGAUUUGAAUCAUCCUAUUCACCUUCUAUUAAAGAACCAGAAAGCAAAAAGAAAGACCUGUUUCCAGUGGCCCCAGAUCAACCAAAUCACAGAAAAGAACUAAGCAAGAUGAGAAGCCCACUGUACCAGGAAGAAGCAUGCCACUGCUCUGAGCAGGAGAGGAUGAGGAAUGAGAUCUCUGACCUGACACAGGAGCUUCAUCAGAAGGAGAUCACCAUAGCAACGAUCACGAAGAAGGCAGCACUUCUGGAAAGACAGUUAAAGAUAGAGUUAGAAAUAAAAGAAAAAAUGUUAGCAAAACAACAGGUCUCGGAUAAGAAAUGUAAAGCUGUCAGAACAGACAACACACACCUGAAAGGAAUGAUGGGAGACUUAGACCCUGCACAGUACAUGAGUGUGGACUUCACUAACAGGGAACAUUCAAGGCAUACAUCUAUUAACAAACUGGAAUGUGAGAAUGAACAGCUCCGAAAUGAUCUUGCAAAACUUCAUAUCAAUAAAAAAUCAGCAUGGCCCAGUCAAACUACCUUUGAAGAAACAGAAAGAUACGCCUACCAAAGCCAAAUAAAAAUGGAAAAACAUGAAGAUAGACUCAGCCAGGACUGUGAGCCAAACAUAAAUGCAACACCUCCCUUGCCAUCUUUGAGAAGCUCCUUGGUUAGUGACGAUGAUAUUUUCCCACUGUCUCCUCCAGAUGUAUCCUUCCCAGCUUCUUUAGCUACGCAGCACUUCCUUCUGGAAGAAGAAAAGCGAGCAAAAGAAUUUGAAAAGCUCCUAAACACACAUAUUGAUGAACUGCAGAAACAUACCGAAUUCACGCUUAAUAAAUACACUCGACUAAAACAAAAUAGACAUAUGUGAGCUGUAAACUUUGUUAUUUGCUGCCCCCACUGCAAGAACAAAAGCUCUGGCAAAAUAGUCACUAAGCUGAUUGAUGAAACUGAGGAGUUUUGUUCUGUUUUCUUGAGUAAAUAAUUUGUGUAAGGGAACUAGAAAGUAGUAUUUUGUUAGAUAAAAUUGCUUGUAUUUCUACUUUCACAUGCUAAAUUGUUCUGCUGUAGAGUUACUAUAAAAUAACC